GCGGGCGAACGUGUUUGCGGAUCAUCAAAACAAAUGCAUUUGUUGCAUUUCCAUGGCAACUUCCUUCAAAAAGUGAUCUAUUCAUAACAAAUUAAAAAUUGCGCUGAUUUUCUUGCACUUAAUUUUUGUUUACUGGAACAUUAAUGUUUAAAGAUGGACCAUGCCGCCAAGCCAACAUUUAAUCCGAUCAAAAAACGUAUAAUAGUGAAAUCAACACAUGUGGGCCAAUGCAGGCUUUGUUUGCGAAUAAUAUCGCCGAAAUUAAUGCAUGAGAUCAGAGCAGCGACUCAUAACCUGCAGCGUAAAAUUAUAGAUGCUGUUGGCGUCAGUACUCACGAAGGAGAUAAGCUGAACAAAAUUUGUAACAAUUGUUUCAAUAUUGUGGACAUGAUUCACGCUUUUCGAAGGGCUUGCCUCAAAACUAAUGUAAUCCAUUCGGAAAAACUAUUGCUUCUUGAUACCGGAAAUUGGACGAGUCUAGAAAAUCAGAAAAAGAUAACCGAUUGUCAUGAUUUGGUAAAGCGACACAGUACUCAAAUCGAUUGCCUCUAUGACUAUUCUAAGGCUGGAAGCGACAAAGUCGAAUCAUUACCUGCCGAAAGCAAACCACCCAAUAUUAAACAGAUUCAGUCAGAAGUCGAAUCAUUACCUGCUGAAAGCAAACCACCCAAUAUUAAACAGAUUCAGUCCGAUAGCGAUGAAGAUGGAUCCGACGCGAUCGAUCACAGUCUAAACGAAACGAAAAGUAGUUUAGACUCGUGGACUUGGACACAACCGGUGCAUCCUCUAAUCACUAACAAAAACCAAAUAGUGCAUUCUCAAAUAAAUUACAUUAAAUACAGGAAACAAAAACGAAUAGACGAAAAGCGCAUAGUAUGUGAGAUCUGUGGACUGGUAAUCGAUAAACUAAAAUAUGAAACACACAAAAAUCGACACCUUAAUAAAAGACCCUACACUUGUAAAUUUGAAAACUGCAAUUUAUCCUUUUUUGCGAUGGUUUCACUCAAACGUCACCGAAAAACGGUACAUAAUGCAAAAUUUUUCGAAUGUUCAAUAUGCCUCAAGAAGUUGAAAGGAAGUGUUUAUUGGAAGCACCAACAGAUACAUCGUGGGGAAGGAAAAGUUACAUGCAAAAUAUGUGGAAAAAACUAUUUCAAGCACUAUUAUAAAACUCACUUAGCAACACACACGGGGGCAUUGCAAUAUCAGUGUGAUAUCUGCAAGCAGAGGUUCCUCACGAAACAGAACGUGCAAGUGCACCGGAAAUCGAAACACAAAGAUGCGCCAGAUAUCGAUUACAGCAAGUUGGUCACGACAGAUUGUUAGCUGCAUCGAAUUACUUAAAUCGAAAUUAAGAAUAAAAUUAUUUUCAUAUGACUUGAAUGAGAGUCAACCCAUCUCAUUAGAUGGAAUAUAAACAGAAAUUAGAUGUGAUAACCAC